UCUGAGUCUUCUUUUCCGCCCGGCUUUAAGGAACUCUUACUCACACCGGAUCCGUGGACUCUUUCCCCCCCUUCUCAACUUCCUAAAGAUUCCUCUUUGUGUUUGGCCUGGCAAUCAUCCGUCCUCAAGAUGAUGCCUCUAAGACCAUCCAAAAGCGCCCUGCGCGCCCUGCACUACCAGAGGUAUAUGACCUCUGGAAGAAGGUAUUUCACUUCUUCAGUGGCUGCCGUGUCGCCCCACCGCUUUUCUGCUCAGAAACGAGCUCAGAGUACUGCUACAGCCUCUGCUUCAGAAUCUCGUCCCGCUCCCAGCCCCGCCUUCAACCAGGAUCCUCAUCGCAAUGAAGUAUCACCGCUGCAGAAUAGGAACGUGCCGGAAUUGGAUGAUUCCUUCGUUGGACUUAGUGGUGGAGAAAUUUUCCAUGAGAUGAUGCUUCGCUUGGGCGUCAAGCACGUCUUCGGCUACCCUGGUGGCGCCAUUCUUCCUGUUUUCGAUGCGAUCUACAACUCCAAGCACUUCGACUUCGUUCUCCCUCGCCACGAGCAGGGUGCUGGACACAUGGCCGAGGGCUACGCCCGCGCUUCAGGACUGCCUGGUGUUGUCCUGGUCACUUCGGGCCCCGGUGCUACUAAUGUGAUCACCCCCAUGCAGGAUGCCCUCUCCGACGGCACACCGAUGGUUGUUUUCUGCGGUCAGGUCCCCACCAGCCUGAUCGGUACCGACUCCUUCCAAGAAGCCGACGUGAUCGGUAUCUCGAGAGCUUGCACGAAGUGGAACGUUAUGGUCAAGUCCGUUGCCGAGCUCCCUCGUCGCAUCCAGGAGGCUUUCGAAAUUGCAACCAGUGGUCGUCCCGGUCCCGUUCUGGUCGACCUCCCGAAAGAUAUCACCGCCGGUAUCCUCCGCAAGCCUAUCCCAAUGAACAGUACCAUCCCCUCUCUGCCGAGCGCGGCGAGCAUGGCAGCCCGGGAGUUGGGCAUGAAGCAGCUGGAAAAUACGAUCGGCCGCGUGGCUCGUCUGGUCAAUGUCGCCAAGAAGCCCGUCCUAUACGUCGGUCAGGGUCUUCUCGCUAACCCCGAAGGCCCGAAGAUCUUGAAGGAGCUUGCCGACAAGGCGUGCAUCCCGGUCACAACGACUCUGCAGGGACUUGGUGGCUUUGACGAGCUGGACUCCAAGGCAUUGCACAUGCUGGGGAUGCAUGGGUCGGCCUACGCCAACAUGGCGAUGCAGGAAGCUGAUCUGAUAAUUGCCGUUGGUGCCCGUUUCGAUGACCGUGUGACUGGUAACAUCACCAAGUUCGCCCCCCAGGCCAAGCUGGCUGCCUCGGAGGACCGUGGUGGUAUCGUGCACUUCGAAAUCAUGCCGAAGAACAUCAACAAGGUCGUCCAGGCCAAUGAGGCUGUCGAGGGUGAUUGUGCUGACAACAUUCGCCAUCUGCUUCCUCAUGUGAACGCAGUCUCGGAGCGCCCCGAGUGGUUUGCUCAGAUCAAUGACUGGAAGGCUCGCUUCCCCUUUUCUCUUUACGAGAAGCAAUCCAGUGAAGGCCCCAUCAAGCCCCAGACCUUGAUUGAGAAGCUCAGCGACCUCACUGCCCAUAUGAAGGAUCGAACCAUCAUCUCCACCGGUGUCGGGCAGCAUCAGAUGUGGGCUGCCCAGCACUUCCGUUGGCGCCAUCCCCGCACCAUGAUCACCUCUGGUGGUCUUGGUACUAUGGGUUACGGUCUCCCCGCCGCCAUUGGCGCCAAGGUCGCUUGCCCAGAUGCGCUCGUUGUCGAUAUUGAUGGAGAUGCCUCCUUCAAUAUGACCCUGACUGAACUCUCCACUGCUGCCCAGUUCAACAUCGGCGUCAAGGUCCUCCUGCUGAAUAACGAGGAACAGGGUAUGGUGACCCAGUGGCAGAACCUGUUCUACGAGGACCGUUAUUCGCAUACUCACCAGAAGAACCCCGACUUUGUCCCUCUUGCCCAGUCGAUGGGUGUUGCUGCGGAUAAACUCGUUAACCCGGCCGAUAUGGAGGAGAAGCUGAAGUGGCUGAUUGAGAGCGAUGGCCCGGCUUUGCUCGAGGUUAUCACGGACCGUAAGGUGCCUGUGCUUCCCAUGGUGCCCGCCGGUUGUGCCCUGCAUGAGUUCCUUGUCUUCGAUGAAGCCAAGGAGAAGGAGCGCAAAGCCUUGAUGCGGAAGCGGAAAGUCAUCGUCUAAGUUGACCUCAUUGAUGGCAACGACGUAUCUUACUGAUUCUGUUAUUGCGAAGCGCCCUCUGAUUUUUUUUCUCUAAUCUGUCGAUAUCCACGGCGUUUUCUGGCGGGUUCUAAAAACGCUAGCGCGUGCCUGUUGGCGCUCCCAGUCGCAUCCAUUGGGAGGGAACUGCACAAUCAAGCCGCAUUCCGCAGGCUUCAUUGGAACUCUUUCUUUCUGGUGAGAUGUGGAGUAGGCUUCUUCUACCCCUGAACUUGAGUCCUUUUACUCUGAUCUACUUUAUGACUCGCCAAAAGUUUCUUCGGUUCCAGGCGGCUGUACAUUGUAUAUAAUCCUUAUUUUUUAUCAUGUUACCUAUCUAUGUUGGAAACUUCAAGGAAUAAUAGGAAAAGGAUGUUAUUGUUAA